UAAACACAAAUCAAAAUGAAUGAAAAUGGUCAGAAACAUCGAUCAGAAAUCGAACAGGAAUCGAAUGUAGAUGUAGACAGGAAAGCGAACGUGUCUCAAGAAUCUAUAGACCUUGACUACGUACUGAUGAACGAGCUAGGUCAGUUUGGCGUGUUCCAGCUGAGGAACUUUAUCCUUAUUGCUAUAGUCCUCAUAAUCUCUGGAACAGUGAACGAAUAUAUAUUCUCAGCAGCAGCCACCCCACACAGAUGUCGCAUCCCAGAGUGCAGUGAAGAUGGAAAGUUGCAUAAAUUUGAUCCGGAAUGGAUCAAAAAUGCAGUUCCAGAGACCAGAUCAGGGUUCGCCAGCUGUGAACGAUUCGCGCCUGCUGAUCUUGGACUUAAUGGCACCUUGGACUACUGCCCUCAGGAUCAGUUCGACCUGUCCAGGACGAUUCCUUGCGAAGGUUUUGUGUAUGCUAAAGAUAACACAGUUGUGUAUGAAUUCGACCUUGGAUGCAACGAAUGGCUAAGGGCGCUUGCUGGAACGUUGUUUAACAUAGGGAUGUUCCUGACGCUCCCUCUCACUGGCUAUGUCUCGGACCGCUACGGCCGGAAGACAGCCCUGGCCAUCAAUGUCUUCAACCUGGGCCUGUUCGGUUUGAUGAGGGCAUUCUCCGUUAACUACACAAUGUACCUGACUCUACAGAUUGUGCAGGCCACUUUAGGAACUGGACUCUAUAGUUCCGGGUAUAUUAUUGCUACUGAGCUCGUUGGGCCGAAGUACCGUGUUAUCACAGGUGUGACUUGUACUGCAAUGUUUGCGUUAGGAGAGGUGGUACUGGGUGGAAUCGCUUGGCUGAUAUCACCAUGGCGCUACAUGAUCAUGGUGAUAUCAAUACCUUGCUUCUUCUUCGUCUCGUACUACUGGUUACUCACAGAAAGCGUCAGAUGGCUGCUGUCAAAAAGAAAAUACAACGAGGCUAAACAAAUAUUGCAUACAGUUGCGAGAGUCAACAAAACUAACAUUAGCGAAAAGUCUUUAGAGGCACUUCUUAAUCCUCCACAAUCGUCCACUAAAAUAGUUAGCGCUGAGGGGCUUGGAUUAGUUCGUACUAUAUUAAACUCUCCAGUUCUAUUCAGAAGAGUUUGCACAACACCAAUUUGGUGGAUCACCAUGAUCUUCAUCUACUACGGGCUGAGCAUCAACUCCACCAGUCUCUCGGACACCAUGCAUUUAAAUUAUAUUUUGACAGCCGUUAUCGGAAUUCCUGCCUUCUACAUAUCAGUGUUCGUGUUGGGCAGAAUUGGCAGAAAAGCUACUAUGAGUUCCGGUUUCUUCAUUUGCGCCGUUUUCAAUAUCAGUUUUGUCUUUAUUUCAAGUGAAUACCCUAUUGCACGUCUUAUGAUAUACCUUCUUGGAAAGUUUUUCAUCGCGUCUGUUGGGGCGUCACUGUAUCUGUACACUGCGGAACUGUAUCCGACGGAGUACCGACAUACUCUACUCGGCUUCUCGUCCAUGAUGGGUCGUAUUGGAUCUAUCUUUGCACCAAUGACGCCAGCUCUUGCGAUCUAUUACCACGGCAUCCCAUCGUUGCUGUUCGGAGGUAUGGGCAUAAUCGCCGGCCUGCUGGUGCUCACGCAGCCGGAGACGCUGGGCUGCAAGAUGCCCGACACCCUGGCUGAGGCGGAAGCCAUCGGAAAACCAGAGUCCAGAAUAAUAACAACCAGUCAAUCAAGUUGAUGAUUUCCGUUUAACUUAAU